ACGUUCGUUCGGGAUCUUCAAAAUGACAUCAAAGAUGAAGUGGAGAAGCUUCUGGAAGAAAAAAACUACGACAGUGCUCUCAUGGGAGUUGACCUAGGGCUCUCUGCGGGCAGCGAUCUUCAUGAAGGUUCUCCUGGAGGCAGGAUUAACAUGAAACUGUACACACUCAGGGCGAAAUGCUACAAUCUUAUGAAUGACCCACAGAGGGCGCUAAAGGCUGCCGUAAGUGCCCUAGGUAUGAGUCCCAAUGAUAUUGGUGCACAAGUAGAGCAAGUGAAAGCAAAAUACAACAUCGCCAAAGCAGGAGGGGACAGAGAACUGACCGAAUUUGGAAGGUUUUUACAAGACGAAAUCCCACAAAUGGUUCAAGAAACGGUCGAAGUCGCUGAUAUACUACAGAUAAUGAGUGAGCACUUGGGUAGCCCUAUUGAAGUUGCAUCAGCGUCAUCCACAGCCCCCGAUCCGGAUUGGAUUCCAAAAGAGAAUGUGCAAAUCGCAAAGAAAGCUAAGCAAGUUCAACAUCAAGGCAAAGGUAAACGAAAACAAGUCAAAGCUAUCAGUGACAACGCAGAUCCUGUUUUCCCAAUUGCUCAAUCUCAUUCACAAUCUGGAAGUUCGUCUAAGUCAUCUUGCUCAAAGUUAGCGUCAUCUCUGCACAAGGAAAAAUCUCCAAAGAAAGGUGUUUUAAAUCGCGUUGGGGAAGGGAAUGUUUCAGUAACGAGUGCGCGCAGUGACACUAAACAGAAGAUCUCCAGUCAAACAAUAAUCAAGAAACCCCCAAGCCAGGGCUCAUCUGCUACAAAAUUAGAGAGUAUACCCAAGUUUCGCUACGAAAUGCAGUACGCAUGUGGUAUUUGCUUCACACGACACGCUGGUGCGAGAUUACAAUCACUGUCGGAUGGUCUCCUGACAUGUGCUGACAAAAGUGUACAUCAAUGUGGCAAGACUAAAAAGGUGAUUUUUGUUUCCUGUGAGGAACGGAGAAAAUGGCGCAAAGUGACACCUGUAAGUAAAGCUUUGCCACCCACUGUCACUCCUACAAUGUGCAAAUUUGGCGACAGGUGCUUUAAUAUGAGCUGCACACUUCCACACUCCAAUGAAGAAAGGGAGCUAUGGAUCUUCAUGAGAAGAUAUAAACUCAAAACAUUGCAGGAAGUUAUGUCGGCUGGAAGGGCACCACCAGAAACCCCUAACACAGCGACUGCUUACGCAACCUCCUCAACACUGGCCCAACCUCCACCUCAAGAGAAAACACAUUGCUCUUAUUGCAAUGAAACAUUCAACGAGCACUGGCAACUUCAGCGACAUUUUCUAACUAACCAACACAAGUCGAACAUAAAGUUUGACAAAGAUAAGGUGUGGAAACAUCGAAUACCUCCUGUGAAAGUUGCUGGUGACCAGUACGAAGAGUGUCAAGAGCAUAAACGAGGCACCUGUUUAUUUAGUGAUUCACCCGAGAGCUGCACCAAAGCUCAUAGCAAAGACGAGUUAGAAGAAUGGAUGGAGAGGCAUCGGUACAUAGUGAUGAAAAUAAGAAAGGCCAAGGAGUCGAAGUUAUACGCGUUUAUGGACCAUGUUCUCUUCAGCUACAAUCUCGGUCAUGAUGUAAUCGCGGACGAACUACCAGGGAUGGACUUGACUUGUCCUGAUGACGUUAAGCAGUUUCUCUCAACUGAAGGACAGGAGAUGGAUUCAUCAAACAAGUUCACAUGGAAGUUUACUUUGAACACGUCACAAAAUAAACGUUUGAAGCAGGUGUUCCUGUUGUAUGAUGAACAUAGAACCCAUUUCAAAUUGUCUCAACCCCCUGAUGAGCAUGAUGCCCAGCUAUGCCCAGGCAAUCAGAUCAUUCGUGACGAUGGAAAUACGUAUGACAUUAACGUCAUCUUCCACUCGCAGAUCUUAGGAAGUUUUAAUCAGUGGAUCUUGUUCGAUGUCGGUUCUGCACCCCAUCUCACUCGGAAGUUGCAGGUGCAUGUCUCGUCAACGGAAGUUCAUGGAGACUUUGAUAUAAGCCAAAGAGAAAGACUUUGCACUGAAGUAUGGGACAGCAGUAACAUGAAAAUCGUCAAAGAAUACAACCUUUCAAAGAAACACAAUGACUUGAUGACUAAGUACAAGGUGCCAUCCCCGCUGAUUACGGAUAGGAUGGAAGAACUGAGCCGAAAGAACUACAAAGACUACAUGCACAAAAUGCUGUAUUUGGAGGAAGUGGAGUGUAAUCACAAGAUAUCAAAGUUUGCAACUGAAGUCAGUCUUGAACUAAGAGCAUCUGGGGGCAGGAUGUACGGUCAGGUGGAUCUGAAAGUAGCUUUGAUGGACGAUUCGGAAACCAGCCAAAUUAUAGAAAGAUACGUGCAGAGAAUGAUGCUCAAAUUCAAAACUUCUGAAACGGUUUACGAAGCUACGAUAGUUAAUAACGAAAAGCCAUCAACUAGUCAAGAUACGGUGUAUUUACAACUCAGUCAAACGUGCGUGAGGGAGCAGAAACUUCGCGAUUCCACCAAGCACCAAGUUCAAAUUCAGUUCCAGCUGAACAGACUCCAAUUCUGUUACAUGCACAACACAGUUGACAUUCUUGGUAUCAUGGAUAUAGUGUUCCCGGCGAAGGAUAAUCAACAGAGAUUACCUCCAACUGACGUAUCUGGUGAAGGCGAUCAAUAUCAAAAUCAGGUAAUCGACUUUAUCUGUGGACAUGAAGGUGACGGUGUGCAAUCCGGAGUUGGACCGGUACUGGUAUACGGUCCGUUUGGGACGGGUAAAACGCACACACUGGCAACGGCGGUCAAGAAAACCUUACAGUUACGUCCUGAUGCUAAAAUUCUGAUUUGCACCAGGUCCAACAGUGCUGCUGACUUGUACAUCACCGAACACCUGCACAACGAAACACGGGGUAGUAAGAUCCUGAGAAUUUACGCUAAGAAUCGAGACAUAAAAAGCAUAAAUUUGAAGGUUAAACCUUAUGUUCGAGUUGACGGCGAGGGAAACAUCAGGAUUCCGAAAACGGCUGAGAUAAAGACAUUCAGUGUCGUCAUCAUGACUUUGGCUUCGUCACACAUAUUGCUUUCCGGUCAGUUGAAAGGUCACUUUAGCCACAUCUUGGUCGACGAAGCCGGUCAGGCAUUGGAGACGGAGACUCUACAACCAUUGACUUUAGCCACAGCUAACACGUGUGUCGUCCUUGCAGGUGAUCACAUACAAAUGAGUCCAAAGAUUUUCUCAAAGAAAGCUCGCCACGCUAACUUUGACAUGUCCCUCCUUGAAAGACUCUUCCACCUGAAGAUCACCAGAGUUCUACUUCCUUCAAACUAUCGAACUAAUCAGGCCAUUUUGGAUUUCAUCUCCGCGGCGUUUUACAAGGGAACGUCUAUGGGAAGGAAAUUGAAAGCUGUUGCAAAUCAGAAAGCUCAUCCACAGUUCAACUAUCCUCUGGUAUUCCAUACAGUGAAAGGAGUGGACCAACGAAUUGGAAUGUCGUUUGUUAACUACGACGAGGUUGACCAAGUAGUCCUCAGUGUCAAAAACAUACACGAUAAUUGGCCCAGGGAAAUAUUUGGACAACUCACAGAGAAUAGCAUUGGAAUCGUAACACCGUAUAUUCUACAGGUGAGGCAGAUCCGUAAACGACUCCAGAAGCUCGAACUAAAACAUGUUGACGUGCAGCACGUACAGAAUGUACAGGGAAAACAAUACCGUGUGCUGAUCGUUAGUACAGUGCGAACACGCAACACACUCAAUACAUCCAAGAUGCAGUCAUGGUCCCACAUUAGUCCAAUGCUUCGGCCUGAUGAGACUUACGACCAUGGGUUUCUAUCAGACAUCAGGCUUCUGAACACGGCUAUGACACGAGCACAGUCACUGGUCUUGGUCGUGGGUGACUCAGUGGCCCUGUGUUCCGUGGGUAAAUGCUCAACGAUAUGGCAGGCUUAUUUGAACAAGUGUAAGGACCACGGAACACUGCUCCCAACGGAAUUUACAAUGGAUAUGAUCCUGCAAGGAAUAGAAGCACAGACACAAGACUUUACCAGCAACCUGCCCACACUGAACCAGUCUAAAGCACAUAUCAGUGAUACAGAUGCCAUUUUGGAGGAACUAUUCAGGCAAAUGAAUACAGAUGCGAGUAAGGCCACACAAAUACUUCGCAAGGAAGGUAUCAAAUUUCGACAACUCGAAGUAAAAGACCAAAUUGUCAUCAAAUUGGAACGUAGAUCCGAAAGAGAUCUAAUCAAAUCAAACGAUGUGUCUUAUCCGGAAAAUGACGUAGAGAAUGACAGCCGCAACGAAGCAGCUUCUCGGCAAGAUUUGGACCAAUUGGAGAGUAAUCCAGACAAAUUUAAAGUUUGCCGCUUCCACCGCAAUGAAACAGGGGAACUCUAUGCCCUUCCACUUGUUGAGGGAUCCAAAAAGAUAUCCGUUGCAGAAGGGAGGAGCGGCACAGCCAUGAAUCUCGACGAGGUAAUGGUGGAAGUAUUGGUCAAUGAUGUGGAAAGCAAGACCAUACAUGGCAAGGUGAUUCGUGUACGCAAGAGGGGUCCAACAUUAUUUCCAAAGAUGAAAGUAGUUUGCAGACUCGACAAGUAUACGGGAAACCUGAUGUUGCCUAUCGAUCGUUCACUGCCCAAGUUCUGUCUUCGCAAUAAAAAGGCCAAAACAUCUUCUCAAGACUCCACCGUCGUAACAGCCGUGCAUGACGAUGGCACUGAAUCUCAAAUUGAUGUUUCAAGGGUAGAUAAACCAAACAAGCUAUUCGUUGUUGAAUACUCGCAUUGGUUUGAAGGUAGUCGCUUCCCGAUGGGAAGAGUCAGAGAAGAACUUCCACUAUGUGAUAGCAAAGAGUCUAGUCUUCGUGUACUGAAGUUAUGCCAAGGCGUCCAAGAUAACUGGAACUCCUCUGUUUUGGGAGAAUGUGAAUCAAACUUUCCUAAUGAAUGGACGAUACCAGAUGAAGAAAUUGAGGCACGAUUUGAUGCAAGGGGUCUGAAUGCCUUCACCACUGACCCGCCUGGCUCACGUGAUAUUGACGAUGCUCUUAGUGUUGAAGUGGUUGAUGGCAAUUACCAAGUCGGCAUUCACAUCGCAGAUGUUUCUUACUUUGUUUCCCAAGACACCUCUCUGGACGAAGACGCCAAAAACAGAGCGACAUCUUUCUACUCGUCAAUAGAUGAACCCACCAACAUGCUACCUCCUCGGCUGAGCAAUGAUUUGUGUAGCUUGCUCCCAGGUCGUGACAGAUUGACACUAUCUGUAUUUGUAUCUCUUGCUGAGAAUGGAUCUGUGAUAAAUGACGACGUCGUUAUCAAGCGUUCUGUAAUAAAAUCCCGAAAACAACUGACCUAUGAGGAUGCUGAGAAGAUUAUCCAGAAUAACGUUGAUCUAAGAGAUGUUAAUCAGGACAUCAAAGAAGAAAUCCAGAUAUUGAGUAAACUAGCUCAGCAGAGACGACUUACUCGUCUAGGAGAAGGCAGGUUUGCUUUCUCUCAUGACCCUGAAGAUAAUGAGAUGUGGCAUCCUGUAUCUCAUUCGAUGGUUGAAGAAAUGAUGAUUCUAGCCAACCAAGAAGUGGCACGUUACCUUACCAAGACAUACCCUGAGUGUGCCCCAUUACGAAGGCAACUUCCUCCCAGUGAAGCAGCAACCAACGACUGGUUAAGCAAACACCGUAAAGAUCUUAGAAACAGUGUUGAACUGCAGUCAAAGGUAAAGGCAGAUCUUCAAGGAGAAGAUCCAAAUGACGUAUACAUGAUGAAAGACAAAUGGGAACAUCUUCGUCAUUUUGUCACAGAGGAAGAGGAUACGAAUCAGAUGCUUCAGAUCACUGACCUCAUCUGUCGUGAUGAGAAUCACCCACGCCUUGCUGUGGCCAAAGCUAAUUAUAUUUGCAUCCAAAACAAGGCCGAAUUCAUCCGAUCCGGAGAGCAUCCUGUUGACGAAAGAGGACAUCAUUCCUUAGAUGUGGCAAGCUACACACAGUUUACCUCACCUAUACGCCGCUACUUUGACAUCAUGGUGCAUCGCUUUGUGAUUAGCACACUAAACGCAGACGUUUGUACAAACGACAAAAGUCAACCAUAUGACGACACAAAGCUUGAAAUGGUAUGUCUUCAAUGUAACAGCCAAACCAAAAAAGCAAAAGAUUUUGAAUCAGAGACAAGGUCGUUGAGAUUUUCCCUCGCACUCAGGGAGGCCCCACAGACAAUGCAAGUGUUCGUUAAGGGCUUUUCCGAAGGCAGCAUGGACCUAUUGUUUCCUAAUAAGCAAUACAUUCGAGGGAGAAGUGUUCCGCUUGCACUCCUUAAACCUAAGGCUCAACCCCAAAUAGAUGAAGACAAGACCAAAAUGGAGCUCACAUGGCGAGAGAGGGUGUAUGAGUUGCAUGGCUCCAUCACCAUUUUCCGGAAGGCAGCAACCACAUUGAGGCUAGACACAAAGGCAUCAGUUGUAAAGGUUUCUCAACAAAGUUGGCAGCAAAUUUUGUUAGGUAUUCGGCAGCAACGACCCAGCAAUAUUUCAGAGGCUGUCAGGAUUGCAGAAGAAGAAAACAAACGAGGCCAAGGGCAAAUCCGAAAGAGAGAACGCAGCGACGUUGUUGAUGAGAUAACAUGUGAAAAGGCAGAUUCCAGCAACCCUGCAUUUUCGGUCAAAUUCAUGAGGGUGUAUGAGCCAGGUGACGUUAUCAAGGUAGUGUUCCAUUCGACGAUAGAAAGGGGUAUUCUCACGCCCAGUAUCCAAUUGAUUGGCCUGACACCAAAGUUAGACAUCUGUAUUGAGCAUCGGAAAAAUGCGGUCAAGUGUUUCGCUCGUUUCGCAGAGAAAAAAAGUGGAAAAGUAACCAGCAUUGAGGAGUACAUAGCUGUUUGGCUUCCAAUCAUCAGAAUGGUUUCUGCUUACAGUGCAGUUCUCGACGGGGAGAGAAGCGUUAUCCACGGCGUAAACAUCAAGUGGAAAACGGGACAAUCUCAACCUGUCACGGGGACAUUUCAACUUCCUAAAGCAUUCUGCGAGGAACGAAAGUUGAAAAUUUGCAGAGGAGACUACGUCUGUAUCAGGUACACCGACCUGGCAUUGGAUCCUGAGAUAAAACGACGCCUCAGUUUGUUGAACAAACAAUCCGCGGAGACCGGGCGACCUUCAAUGGCACAGCAGAACAAAACAACUUUCGUUGCUCAUGCGGUAUUAUCUAAUGUACUGGAUGAAGAUCGUCAAGUUCAAGGCAAGACCUCAACGGUGAAGGUCUGUGCAGUUGACAUAAAUCAACAUUCAGCUUCACAGUUUCCGGGAGUUCUGUUAACAGGAGACAAACUGUGCACCAUCGAAUGGAUACGCAAAUCUCAUUCAGAAAGACGUCUUGAGAAAGCUGUACGUGAUUUGCCACAUGCCCCACAAAUUGUUCAGCAAAUAUGUCUGCAAAAAAUUCCAAAGCAAGGCAGUACUGAACCAGAUAUAAGAAACGUACUUGAAGCUGGAAGAGAAAUCAGGUCCUUCUGUAUACCAGAAUCGCCACUGCCAGCUCCAAAUGGGCCCCAAGAAGAUGCACUGAGACACGCACUGCAGGAACAGUUCACAGUCAUUCAUGGACCACCCGGAACUGGAAAGACCGUGACUGGUGCCCAUCUGACUUAUUUCUUCACUGAAGUGAAUAAGAAACUGCUAGAUUCUGGAAAACCCCCACAAGUCUUGUACUGCGGACCUUCCAACAAGUCAGUUGACGUUGUUGCCCAUUAUCUGUUGAAACUGAAGCUCCCAGUCAUCCGUGUUUACAAUAAGAUGGUACAAGACAAGGACUUUCCAAUCCCAGGAUCUCACAUCGACACAAGUUCAAACGAAGCCAAGAUGGAUCCCGGUCUUAAGAUCAUCUCCCUGCAUCAUCUUAUCCGUAUGAAGCACAAUUCUUACAGUGAGAGGCUCUUGGGAUUUGAUAAACGAUUUCAGAGUAAAAGCUACAAGAGCAACCCGACAGACCUGUCUCGUUAUAGGAGAACAAUACGCCUAGCAGAGGCUGAGGAACUACCCAGAUACAAAGUGGUAUUGUGCACAUGCAACAAGGCAGGAUGUACAAAAAUAACAGAUUUGAAUGUGAUCCAAUGCAUAAUUGAUGAAGGCGGUAUGUGUAAUGAACCAGAAACUUUGAUACCACUCGUUGGAGCCAAGCCACGUCAGAUCGUCCUAAUUGGGGAUCAUAAACAACUAAGACCCGUAAUUCAAGACAAUGCAGCCAUCGAACUUGGGAUGGAAAUAUCAUUACUGGAGAAGUACGACAACAAACCAGUGGUUAAGAUGCUUACAUUUCAGUACCGAAUGCACAAGUCGAUUUGCGACUUUCCUUCCCAGGAGUUUUAUAAAGGGGAGUUGGUUCCUGCAGCCAGUAUGGUGGCGCCCAGACAGACUUCAAAGGUGAAAUGGCCUGGCGGUGCGGAUAACCCCAUAGUAUUUUGCCACCAUAUCGGCCGGGAAGAACAUACGAGUGUGCGGGGCGAGGAAGGUGGUGAACAAUCCAAGGCAAAUGUCCAAGAGGUUCAACAUGUGGUACGUAUGGUAUCAUCCUUAGUGGGAGAUCUGCAUGUGAAACCAGACAAUCUUGUUGUACUAACCCAGUAUCGACAUCAGAAAUUCAAGAUCGAAGAAAGCAUGAAAUCGAAAGGUCUUAAGAUCAAUGUUAGCACAGUCAUCACAAGUCAAGGAAAUGAGUGGGAUUACGUGAUCCUGUCUACAGUUCGAUCACUGCCCUUGGUGCAGAUUGAUGAGAAACCGCCACUUGCUUGGAGGAAACGACACCUUGGAUUCAUAACUGACGUCAAUCAGAUCAAUGUUGCCAUUACGCGCCCAAAACUCGGACUUAUCAUUCUGGGAAACAAGUAUCUACUCCGUAAAGACGAGACAUGGAACUCUUUAUUAAAGCACUACGAGACGAAGAAAGCAGUGGUUGAGGCAAACAGUUUCCCCAGAACCAUAGAGAGGCGAAAGAGAAAAAGCAAUGCCAAGUAAGGCUUCAUUCCAGGACAACAAGUUGUUUUUCAACAUCAACAUCAAGUUUGACAAGAAAGCCCACGUAGCCCACAAGACGUUCUAUGUCAGGUUCUCAACCCUCCUAUUAUUUGUUAGACAGCCGUCAACGUCAACUAUAAUAAGCUGACUAAAAAGAAAACAAUCAAUUGACAUCGUGUAUAGACACGAUGUAGUGUUUUAGUUUGUAGUUUUUCGAUUUUUAUAAACAUUAAUUAAGUUUUGGUUUGGCGAAUUCGUUUAAUCCUGAUAUUAUAUGUGAUGCCGAACUGAGUAUACUGAGAAAGAAUGUUUGAUGUUGCCGUUAGACAUGCUGGCCACUUUCUAAAGCUGGAGUGACACAUGAAUGCAACAUGUUUUUGUUUACUUGUUAAAUUAUUAUAAUUAUGUUGUGUAAA